CUACCUGCUCACCAAAUGAUACGCUCUAAUUUCUCUUUGCUCCGUUGUAGUCCCAACACAGAUAUGCAGAAAGUUACUCCGAGUUUCUCCUUUGCGAUGUUGUUCAAAAGUCAACAGGAUGUACCAAACCAGACCACCGAGAAGAUUGUGCUCGUUACAUCUUCGUUACUCAGUCUUGCAGCUAUUGCUUUGUGUGCUAUCCUGGUGUUCGCUGAAGACAACCUGACCAGUGGCUGGGCCAUCUACCUGAUUGUUCAGUUUUUAUUCCUCAUCACUGUUUGCAUAGUAAUUAUUGCUAUGCAGCCAUCCAACACUGCAGACAUUCCAUUCAAAGUUCCAUUCGUACCCAUGAUUCCUGAGAUUAGUGCUGCAUUGAAUAUCUAUCUUAUGUUAAAAUUGCCAGUUUCCACAUGGAUCCGAUUUGCCGUCUGGAUGUUUGUUGGUUUCAUCAUCUACUUCGGUUAUGGUUACGAUCACAGCACGGCGAAACGGAGAGAUAUGACUGAUUAUGUGAACAUCACCGAGGACGAAUCUGACUGAAGAACUCCAUAAAUCAUGACACGUCAAUCAUCACUCAUCCGCAUUUCCUUUUAAGUCUCGAUACUCAAACAAUUUCUUUUACCUUAAUGCUCUGUCAUAUACAUGAAUGCAUAUAAUAUUCAUAUAUAUAUAUAUAUAUAUAUAUAUAUAUAUAUAUAUACACAUACAUACAUACAUAUGCAUGUAUAAAAUAUGUAUGUAUUUAUAUUUAUAAUCUAAAUGUGUGUAUAUAUGUGCUAUGUAUGUAGAUAUAUAUAUGUACAUGCAUAUGUAUGUACAUACGUAUGUAUGUAUGCAUACAUAUAUAUACAUACGUGUGUGUGUGUGUGUGUAUAUAUAUGCGUGUGCGUGUGUGAGUAAAGUUUUGUGAUAUGUAGUUUUAUUUUUAACAGAAUUCAGACGAGAAUCCAUGCAUGUCUAUGUGUGUCACCCCAUUACUACAAAUAUAUAUAUUAUAAGAUUUUAUGAAUUAUCUAUAAGUACAUAUAGACAAACAAAUACUGCUAUACAUGUUCAAUUUUACACACGUGUGUGAGUGUGUGUGUGUGUGUGUGUGUGUGUGUGUGAUGCUUGAUAAUAUAUAGUACAAGGUUCAGAGGAAACACAGUCAUGCAUUUGUUUUUUUUUAAGCGAUGUGAGAUAAUUUAUAAUGUAGGUUGUCUUUGGUUUCUUGGUUUCACUGGUCUGACUGGAGUCAAUUGCCAUGUGGUGAGAUUGAGCAAAGCCUGCAGAGGGACACAAUCAAACAGCUGGUUGACCACACAGUAAAAUUACUUGUACUGUUUUAUAAAUGCUCGCACGCACACACACAUAUCUUCAUGAAUCAUGUGUAUGUACAUAUAUAUAUACAUAUAUCCCAUAUAUAUAUAUAUACUUAUAUGUGUAUCGUGUGUGUAUGCAUCUUCAUAUAUUCAAUUGCAUCUGUGUAUAUAUAUAUAUAUAUAUAUAUUCGUAAUUCUUUGAAUGUGUGUGUUUGAUUGUAAAUAUUCUGUGUAUGUGUGUAUACUCAUAUAUAUAUAUGUGUGUGUGUAUGAAAUAGAAGCAGUGGUCAUAUAAUAAAUAUUACCAACCACGCAUACUCAAAAUACACUACAUAAAGCAAAUACAUUAAAUAUAUGUAAUUGACAAUGUUUACUACACUAAUGUUUCAUAGACACACACACACACACACACACAUGCAUGUUGUUGCAUCCAUUAGUCAUGCUAGAGUAUAGAUCUGCAGCUGAAGGGUCUUGCUUCAGUCUCUGUUGAUAGAGAAAAGCCUGUUGAGGCUGUAGAGGCCAACUCUAGAAUGACUUUUCUGGUUGCAGUAACUACAUAUGAAAAUGCUUCCCACCGGUGUUGUUUUAGACCUUUUUUAAGUCUCAACUCUCUCUAACUUUUAGACUUUAAAUCCCAAUCUCGUUCUUGCCUCCAGCGAAAGUCUUUGCUUACGUCGUCCUCUCGCCUCUCAAAUUUCUCCAUUCAGUGGCUUCGUAUUUCUUAUACAGGUACCUUUGAUAUGAGAUGAGGUUAUCUUUGUGCGCUCUUGCUUGAAGCCAGUUCCCUCAUAUAACGCAGAACAUGUAGUUUAACCAACAGAGAUGUUGUUUUCGGAACAGCAUGAUGAGACAGCGUAUCUAGACAGAGGCCAGGACCUCAUUGCUACUGACUCAGUCUGUUUAUGACAUUGUGAUGCCAGUCUUGUCCAGAGUGGGGACUCCAGGUCACACUGUAGUCAUAGUAUGUUAAGGACAAGGGCCAUGUAGGCUGCAACUAAACCUUGGUAUGUGUCCCAGAUGCUUUUUUGUGUCAGCUAGGUGAGUGUUGAGGCUAUCAAACUGAACAAUGCCCUUCGUGUCUGUGUGGAAUGACUGAUCAAGCCAAAGAAGCAUCUGGGGACAGCCACUGAUAGUGAGGAUUUUGAAUAGGCUAUUUCUACUCACAAGGUCAACAAAAACCAACAUAAUGUGGUUGUCUUUGCUCUCUGCAUUUCUUUUGUCCCUGUUGAAGAGAGAAUAUCAUAUCAGUUGAAAUCACUCUGACAUUGUGUCUACAUCCUUUCAGUAAUUUUCCGGUGUCUCUUCUGGUUCAACAUCAUAUACUCUAGUCUUAUUUAAACCAUAUCUCUGCUAGAGUUUCCAAUUCUGUAUUUCUUGGAGCAUCAUGAUGUCUACUGGAAAUAAUCCUGUUUUGAAAUAAUCCUGCUUUAUCUUGUGGUUUCAAGAUUUCGAUGAUGUGAUCGUUUACUUUUAAAGUGUAAGAGGCUGGAUUUGACUGGUUCGAAUAUAAAACAGAAUAUUAGGGCCGGAUAGAACUGGUUUAAGCCUCUAGUACUUAGAUUACUGUCUAGUGUUUAUUUAUUCACAUUAUUUUGAAUCAAUCAUGCUUUAUCUUGUGGCUUUGAGAUUUCAAUAAUGUGAUUGUUUAUUUUUAGAAUGAUAUUGUAGGCUCGGUGUGAAAGGCUGGAUCUGGCUAGUUUGUACAUAGAACAGAUAAAAUAUUUGGGCCGGACAUGGCCAUUUUAAAUGCCGAAGAAUUAAGCUAACUGAACCAGCCUUCACCCCUUCUCUUAUCAGUAAAAUGAGUUCUGCUCGAUAUAGCUGUAACCCGCAGAAGGAGACCCCGAGGCUUGGACAUCAUAUACAUUCCUUAAGAAGCAUUUUCAGACUGUGGGAGCAUAAUCCUAUUAAUCUUCAGCUUAACAACCUUGAAAUUAUAUAUAUGUAUAUAUAUCACCAUCAUCAUCAUCUUUUAACAUUCUGUUUUCCAUGCUGGCAUGGGUUAGAUGGUUUGACAGGGCCUGGCCAGCCAAGGUGCUGUCCAGACUCCAAUUGUCUGUUGUGGCAUGGUUUCUCUGGCUGGAUGCCCUUCCUAAUGUGAAUGCUGGGUGCUUCUUACGUGCCUCCUGACAGCACCAGCACGAGUGCAUUUUAUGUGGCACCAGUACAUGCAAAGGAAAGCCUGUGUGCAUGGAUGACAGCAAUUUUAUUAUAUAUAUAUACACACACACAUACACACACAUAUGUAUACACGCAUGCAUGUGUAUGUGCACAUACAUGUAAAUUAAUCUGCUGGUCUGUUUCUUUCUACAUCAUAUAUAAAUGAGUGUGUGUGUGCAUACAUGUUCAUAUGUAUACACUCAUGAAUUUGUUUGCCUGGCUGUUUUUUCCGGAUUAUAUAUAUAUAUAUAUAUAUAUAUAUAUCACUCUCACACACACACACACACACACACACACACACACACACAC